AAGUAUCCCACAGCGUUUUCGUUCAUACUUACUUUCCAAAAAGCUUAUACAAAUAGAAAAGAAAAACCUGCUGAUAGCAAUUAUGUGUGUGCGUCUCGUUGGAUCCGCUCUCUGUUGCUGUUGCAAAUUGGGCCUCAAGUGCCUGUGCAUCUUCGCCUGUUCCACGGUCGGUGUUCUCGCCAUAGUUGCCUUGGUCGUUUACUUUUGUUUCUUCCACAACAAAUCGGAGGACUCGACCACAAAGUCUCUCUCUGAUUCUACUAUCGAUAAGUCCUUGAAGGAUAGCAUAACUACUGCAACGGAAGCCCCUUCACUCGUCAGAGGAUAUCUCCAACAAAUGAUAGAAAGAAUCUAAAAUGUAAUGUAAUGUAUAAAUUACUAUCGCAUAUCAUAUAUCACAUCUCCAGGAGUGCACAAUUUUUGAAAUGGAAAUGGAAACCCCCAAAAGUAUCUUUCAGCUAAAUUGGAAGUUGGAGAAAUUGAUAGAUUUGUGUUUUGUGAAUUCCUAACAUUUGAAUAUAUAAUUUUAUUAUUAUUUUCC